AUGGCCGAGGCUUACCACUCCCCAGCAGAAUGGAAACAACAUCUCAACUUGAUAGCCCAACUCUACAUCAGAGACGGCUUGAGCCAUGACCAGAUCGCACAUCGGCUGUCUGAAAUGGGCUUCACAACCUCUGGAUGGUCUAUCAAAGCAAGACUCCAGAAGUGGAAGAUCAAGAGAAUCAAGCCGCAAGAAGAGCUUUGGAGACUGGCUCGUUGUUUUCUCUAUCAUCGAGGACAAGGGCAGACCGUCGGCUUCAAACGCUGGGGAGAAGAUAUCCCGAACACGGAGAUCGAAGGCUAUAUCAAGCAGAAUCCUUCGGUCGAAGCGAGUGAUGAAGAAUUGCCUGGACAUCUCGAGCUUGUACUGGCCCCCACCGUCAUAAACGUGGACGACGGGACCGACGCCGAGGACCGCACCUCGGAUCAGCCCAGCUUAGCAGGCGCUGCCCAGACCAUGGUCGACACUUCUGCCGGGAUAGACCAGACAGACGGCAGACCGACAAAGAAGCGAAAGUCUCCCUCGAAUCCGUCCCUGCCGUACAGACCUGAGAGCAGUGCGAAGCAGCCCCGCGACACGGGGGGAGACGAGCAUGCCCCGGAAGCUGACAACACACGGAGCAAAGAUGACGACGACGACGAUCAGUCCACUGACCGUAAGAAACGAGAAAUGGAAAAGGCGCUCUCUAUGCUCCGAACACUGUCUCGACAGCUACCGUCUCGGGACAAGAAAUAUGCGGACGCAGUUUCCCAGGUGGAACAGCUCUUUACCUCCGCUCUGGAAGAGGAGAGUCCAGAGCAGGAGUCAACGGACCUGGGCCCCCUUCAUUGGGCCGCCCGGAACAACGACAUCAGGCUCGCCAAACUCCUUCUGGACAAAGGCGCCGACUUGAACGCUCGCGGGGGGAAGGGCUUCACGGCGCUGCAUACUGCUGCAGUGUUUGGGCAUUUGGAAGUGUUACGCUUCCUGCUAUUCCAGGAUAACCUCGACAUCGAUGCGGUAGACAAUGACGGCGCCACUGCAUUGAUGUGUGCCGUUGCCGUUGAAUCUUCCCUGGAAUGCGCCCUUUUGUUGCUUCAAAAGGGUGCAGACCCUGACAUCGGCACUACGCAUGGCAGGACUGCUUUGCAUUACGCUUGUACCAAAGGUGGCAUGGACGAGCUCGUCAAGAUGAUGGCAAAGGCGACCAGCAAACUUGACAGCCAAGAUGACAGCGGUGAGACUGCCCUACACCUGGCCAUUCGCAAUCGGAACGAAGACUACGUCGUCACGCUUAUGGAAGCCGGUGCCAGUGUCGAUGUGCCGGACGAGGACGGCAGAACGGCCAUGCACGAGGCAUGCUUCCACGGUUCUCCCGGAUUGCUCAUGCGCAUGAUCGACCAUGGCGCCGACCUGGCGGUGAAAGGCAACCAGGAUGAAACCGUGCUACACAUCAUGAGUCAGCGUCCAGACUUGUGCCAUGUCGCACGGACGGUGGCCCAGAAGCCCGGGGUGGACAUCAAUGCCAAAAGCCGGCUUGGGAGCACUCCUCUGAUUCUGGCAGCGGCCAACAAGUGUUAUGACACCGUCCGCAUGCUCGUCGGGGAAGGCGCCGACGUGCAUGUUGCUGAUGAAGACAUGGACACGGCACUCACCAUCGCCGUGCGAAGGGGCCAUGCCGAGAUUGCGGAAUUCUUGAUUGAGAGCGGCAGUCCACUAAACCCCCACAACCAGUCGCGGAAGAAAUGGAAGGCCAAGCUGGAACACAACCGGAGAGUCCAGCAGGCUCUGUCGGUGCCCACGUCGACGAGGGUGUCGUCUACCAAGGGACCGCGAACACAACCCUCUCAUGCUGUUACUGGAAGAACCCCUCCUCAGAUUGGCAUCUCUCCUCUAGAAAUCCAAGCGCUACAGAACACGUUGACCCGGCUUGCGAAGCAGGUUGGGGGUCAGCAAAGCAAUCAUCCUCUCAGCCCGAGAUUCGGUGCAGGACCGAGCUAUGCUUCGGCCUCAUCUCUCAUGCUCGGAAACAAUCCCAACAGUUUUACAUUUAAUGCUCAACCUCCGUCAAAUCACGCCAAUCCCUUCAGCGAUCCGUUUUCUGCGAUGGGCUUGAACUCGACGAUGGACUGGGAGGACGGUGUACCAGAUUCGAAUUGGUUGAUCAAUAUAGGACAAUAG